CUGCGCAGCCCGGAGGGCCGGCGGCCAUUUCGUCGGCGGUGUUGUAGCUGCUGUUGGGUUCUCGCCAGCGGCGGAUAAGGAGCGGUUGCAGUGGGGAAGCGGCUCUCGCCGUCCCGAGGGGUCACCAUGCCGGCCGGGCCCGUGCAAGCGAUGCCUCCGGCGCAGCCAGCGCCGCCCGCCGAGAGCAAACCGCCAGAAGAGGAGCCAAAAGAGGAAGCCACACCAGCCAAGCCUGUGGUAGGAAUUAUUUACCCUCCUCCAGAGGUCAGGAAUAUUGUUGACAAGACUGCCAGCUUCGUAGCCAGAAACGGUCCAGAAUUUGAAGCUCGAAUUCGUCAGAAUGAAAUAAAUAACCCCAAGUUUAAUUUCUUGAAUCCCAAUGAUCCUUACCAUGCAUACUACCGGCACAAAGUCAGUGAGUUCAAAGAGGGUAAAGCACAGGAGCCCUCAGCUGCUAUUCCCAAAGUCAUGCAGCAGCAGCAGAGUGCUCAACAACAGCUUCCACAGAAGGUCCAGGCCCAGGUGAUCCAGGAGACGGUUGUCCCAAAGGAGCCACCUCCAGAGUUUGAGUUCAUUGCAGAUCCUCCUUCAAUCUCAGCCUUUGACUUGGAUGUGGUGAAGCUAACAGCGCAGUUUGUGGCUCGCAAUGGCCGGCAAUUUCUAACUCAGCUGAUGCAGAAGGAGCAAAGGAACUACCAGUUUGACUUCCUUCGCCCACAGCACAGUCUAUUUAACUACUUCACCAAGCUAGUUGAACAGUACACCAAGAUCUUAAUCCCACCUAAAGGCUUACUCAUCAAACUCAAGAAGGAGGCUGAAAAUCCCAAAGAAGUCCUAGAUCAGGUGUAUUACAGAGUGGAGUGGGCAAAGUUCCAGGAACGGGAGAGAAAGAAAGAGGAGGAGGAGAAAGAAAAGGAGCGUGUUGCUUAUGCCCAGAUUGAUUGGCAUGACUUUGUGGUGGUGGAAACAGUUGACUUCCAGCCCAAUGAGCAAGGGAAUUUCCCUCCUCCUACGACUCCAGAAGAGUUGGGAGCUCGCAUCCUGAUACAGGAACGUUAUGAGAAGUUUGGAGAAAGUGAGGAGGUGGAAAUGGAGGUGGAAUCAGAUGAAGAAGAUGAAAAGCAAGAGAAAACAGAUGAGGCUCCAUCUCAGCUGGAUCAAGACACACAAGUGCAGGAUAUGGAUGAGGGCUCAGAUGAUGAAGAUGAAGGUCAGAAGGUUCCUCCUCCUCCAGAAACCCCAAUGCCACCACCUCUUCCUCCCACACCAGAUCAGGUCAUUGUACGGAAAGAUUAUGAUCCCAAAGCCUCAAAGCCAUUACCACCUGCCCCAGCUCCAGAUGAGUAUCUUGUUUCCCCCAUCACUGGAGAGAAAAUUCCUGCCAGUAAAAUGCAAGAACACAUGCGAAUUGGUCUCCUAGAUCCUCGAUGGUUGGAGCAACGUGAUCGAUCUAUCCGUGAAAAACAGAGCGAUGAUGAAGUUUAUGCCCCAGGUUUGGAUAUUGAAAGCAGUUUGAAGCAGCUGGCAGAACGCCGUACAGAUAUCUUUGGUGUAGAAGAGACUGCUAUUGGUAAAAAGAUUGGUGAAGAAGAAAUUCAGAAACCAGAAGAAAAGGUGACCUGGGAUGGCCACUCAGGCAGCAUGGCCCGCACACAGCAGGCUGCUCAGGCCAAUAUCACUCUUCAAGAGCAAAUUGAAGCUAUCCAUAAGGCCAAGGGACUGGUGCCAGAAGAUGACAGCAAAGAGAAGAUCGGUCCUAGCAAACCCAAUGAAAUGCCCCAGCCACCGCCUCCUUCAUCAGCAUCAAAUCCCCCAGCAAGUGCUCAGCCUAUCACAUCUGUGCCUCGUCCACCCUCAAUGCCUCCUCCUGUUCGUGCUGCUGUUGUUUCUGCAGUUCCAGUCAUGCCUCGUCCCCCUAUGACUUCUGUGGUCCGUUUACCUCCAGGGUCUGUCAUAGCCACCCCUAUGCCACCAAUAAUCCAUACCCCACGAAUCAACGUUGUCCCGAUGCCACCAUCUGCUCCUCCCAUCAUGAGCCCCCGUCCACCUCCCAUGAUUGUACCAACAGCAUUUGUUCCAGCUCCUCCUGUGGCACCAGUUCCUUCCCCUGCACCAAUGCCUCCUGUUCACCCACCACCGCCUAUGGAGGAUGAGCCAGUUUCAAAGAAACUGAAGAGUGAAGAUAGCCUGAUGCCAGAAGAGGAGUUUCUACGCAGGAACAAGGGUCCAGUCACAGUCAAAGUCCAGGUUCCCAAUAUGCAGGACAAGACUGAAUGGAAACUGAACGGCCAAGUGUUGGUGUUCACCCUCCCGCUUUCAGACCAGGUGUCUGUUAUAAAGGUUAAGAUACACGAGGCCACAGGGAUGCCGGCUGGGAAACAAAAGCUGCAGUAUGAGGGCAUCUUCAUCAAAGAUUCAAACUCUCUGGCAUAUUACAACAUGACAAGUGGCUCUCUGAUUCACCUGGCACUCAAAGAAAGAGGAGGCAGAAAGAAAUAGGAGCCAUGGAGCCCAGUCGUGAUAUGGCUGCUUUGCCACUUGUGUAACCCCAGUCAUUUGAGUCCUCCAGCCUUCAGGGGCUACUGUGACAAGCCGUAGUAAUAUCAAUUGAUUGUAUACCAACUCUAGUCUGGAAAGAGACAGAGUCCAGUGUUUGGAUGCCUAAUGGGAGAAGGGGAGUUAAUAGGGCAUGAAAGUUGUGUAAAAGUAGUGACCUAAUAUGUAACUGCAGCAGUCUUUUAGUGAUCCAUGCUUUGCUAGAAUGCUGGUGUCCGUCGUUGCUAUCUGUCCAUUGAAUUCCCUUCCAUUGAAGUGGCAUUGAGGUCAUGUCCAGCUUAGAUUAGAUCCAUUUUUGUAGAGGAGGUUUAUACUGAUCAAGGAUGUCAUCUAACUACAGUGUUUGCUGCUUCAUUUAACCAUUUUUUAAUUGAAAACUUCCUUCUCAAUAUGCUUAAUAUGUUCCUUAUUCUUUCUCUCUCAGACCUAUCUGCAAGAGUCUCUUGCACUGACCCUGACUUGGAAUUUUAUCUUCCCUCAGUAUGAGUGUAUAUUGUCAUUUGUUGUGAUAAAGAUGACCUGGGACUGUGCAUGCUAAACAACUUCAUGAUUAUUCUGUACAGUCUGUGAUUUGUUUAAAUAAACACCCAUCUCAGUGUGGGAUUCUGUCUAUAAUAA